ACGCCGCCAUUAUUGUUUACAUCGACGCGUGAUUUUCAAGUUCUGACAAAGACUCCAAAAUCUAAAAGAUUCUUAAAAAAAAAUACAAUGCCUCUGAUAGAAGAAAUAAUUGAGGAUAAUGUUGAAAUACCUCAGAAAGAAAAGGCAGUAAAGGUCAAAAUAGAGGUCAUGGAGGAUAAAGAAAACAACAUAAAUGUUAACAAUACCAAAGAAAAUUCCAAGUCUAAUGGAUCAAGUGAUAAAACAGAACCUAACAAAAAUGAAAAACCGAAUCAGAUAGAGAAAAAAGACAAAGAUAACUGGCCAAGAUUGACAAAGGCAUUUCUAAAGCAGCAUUGUACAGAUAUGAAGCUUUAUCGUACCCCACAUCUAAAUGAUGUUCUAUAUCUACAUUAUAAAGGUAUUUUCAAGAUUGAAGCACUAGAAGAGUACACUGGAUUGAGAUGUUUAUGGUUGGAAUGUAAUGGAUUGAGAAAAAUAGAAAACCUAGAAAAUCAAAAAGAACUGAGAUGUCUGUAUCUUCAACAAAACUUGAUCUCAGAAAUAGAGAAUCUGGAGCCUCUUGUUUGGUUAGAUACACUGAAUCUUAGCAACAAUAGAGUCAAGAAAAUUGAAAAUUUAUCCUGUUUACCCAAGAUAAAUUCUCUGUAUAUCUCACAUAACAGAAUUGAAGAUGUUGAGGAUAUUGAACACUUAGCAGAAUGUGAUUCACUGAGUGUAGUGGAUUUGUCACAUAACAAAUUAAGUGAUCCCAAAGUUCUAGAAGUCUUUGCUGCUAUGAAAAAUCUGAAAGUAUUAAAUUUAAUGGGAAAUACUGUUAUUAGGAAUAUAAAGAAUUACAGGAAGAAUUUCAUUGUUAAAUGUAAACAUUUGAAUUACCUUGAUGACAGACCAGUUUUCCCUAAAGAUAGAGCUUGUGCUGAAGCUUGGGCCGAGGGUGGUGUUGAAGCAGAAAAGGCAGAAAGAGAAAAGUGGAUAAAUAAAGAAAGACAAAAGAUAACUGACAGUGUUGAAGCAUUGACCAAAAUAAGGAAAGAAUCAGUAAAACAGAAAAUAGAGAAAGAAAUGAAAGAAAGAGGAGAAGAGGGAGAGGUGGAUAUAGAGAGUGUUGAUUGGUUAACUGGCUCUUACAAACUCAAAUCAGAUGUAGAAAGUGAACAGACAGAGGAAGAAAUGCCAAUCAUAACAGGAAAGCAGGCUGAGGAGGAGGAUGGAAUAUUUUCUACCAGAAAAAAUAUAACAAAAGAUGACUCAACAAGAAUAUUUAUCACAGACACAGGAAAAGAAGAUGAAGAUGAUGAAUUAGAGGAUCUACCAGAUUUAGAAGAUGUAGAUGUUACAGACCAGAUCAUUUCACAAAGCCAGGAUAAGGCUUUCAAACCAAGGAUUGAAAUUCUUGAUGACAGUGAAUCAGAAUCAGAGGAUGAAACAGACAACCAGUCAUCAAAACCAGUCAUACAGGAAGUGAUAUCUUCCUCUAAACCAUUGAUACAGGAUAUUACAACAUCAUCUAAACCACUUAUUGAAGAAAUUUCACAAAACGCCGAAGAAUUAACAUUAGAUAUUGAAGAGAAUAAACCAUCACUUAUAGAUGAAAUGAACGAGUAUGCAGUGGAAGAAGAAUCAUCGGAAACAGAUUUGAAUGACAUAAAUCCAGAUUUCACCCCAUCAUACGAUUCUGUCCAACAUGAGCAUUCGGCACAACUGUUACAGGAAAUGAAAUCAAUGGACGAUACAAACUUUAUUAAAACAGGUGUUAUGGACCCGAGUAAAGUAAUUGAAUCUAAACCUCCAAAAACAAACAAUCAUCCUUUAGCUGACUGGGAUGAUUCAGAAUUAGACUGAAGCUUUAUGCAAGUUAAACUUUUUGGUAUUAAAUGUGUUCAGAAAUUUUUUAAAUUCAUAAUUUGAAAAAAACGUAAGGUAAAAAGACCUUAAAAAGACCAAUCAAUUAAUGAAAGAAAUUAUACCAAGAUAUUCAGUAAAGAAUAUUUCAUCUUGCAAGGAAAUAUAAUAAAUGAACUGCUUCAGAUAGAAAUCAACCUUAUGCAAGUGCACAUAUAUGUAAAUGUAUAAGACUAUUGAUUUAGGAACAUUCAAAUACAAAAUGAAAGAUGAAUAUUUGUCUGUUUUGUAGGGUUCUUAUAACAACUCAAUUAUCAAACAGUUACAGACUUUGCAUAGAGAUUUUUCAACCCGAAAAUAGGAUAACAGAUGUAUUGAUAUUCAUUUGCAUAAGGUUGAUUUCAAUCUGACGGAGCUCGUAUAUUGAAUGAAUUAAAAGAAGUAGUUUUCAAACAUGGAAAAAAUCACUUAAAAUUUUGUUGACGAAAUGAAAAUAUUUUGAAUCAAGGUCAAUUUAAUUCAUCCUUACAUUAUUAAUCAGAAUGUUUUCCAUAUAUUUCAAUUUAUUUUAAAUACUAUGUAUUUUUUGUUAAAGUUUAUUAGUUUAAAUUCAUCUAAACCAAAACGUACUAUUGGCUCUAACACUUGUAAUGAGUUUUUUGUAAUAAAAUGUGUCAACAACCAGUUUUAACAUUAUUGAUCAUGGACUAUAGUAUUUACUGUUUCAUUCAGACUGGUAAAAAUCCAUACAAACUUUCAUGUGAUAUUAAAAUAUCAAAUUCGUCCAUUUACAAUAUCAUGCAGCUAGUAAAUAGUUAUUUCAUAGUGUGUUUGAUAUAUUUAUAUUUAUUUAUCUUUUUACAGUAAGCAUUCUGUCCAUUCAUUUUAAGUAAAGGGGGGUGUCAGAUAUUAUCUUAAAACUUGGGGGAAUUUAUUUUAAAUUGUGCAAAGUCAUUCCUUGGCUUCUGCAAUUUUUACCAAUUUUUCCAGUUUCUAUAUCCUAUACCAGUGAAGAGAAAGGAAGGGGGAGGUUAAAAAGAUAUUGGAAAAAUUGGUAGAGGCUAGGAAAACUAUUAUAACAUGUUUGAAAUUGGAAACAUGAUGAAACAUUAUAGGAUUUCUAUAAAUAUAUAUCGAUAGACCUAAUUGUACUUCAUUUUUGGUAUAUUUGAAUAUGCUGUUUAUGAUAAAUUUGAUCUAAAAACAAUUUCACCUUGUUAUAGUAGUGGUGUUCUAUGGUAUUCCCAUAGAAGAACAGUUACAAUAAGUUGGGGAUCACAAAUGGUGCAGUAUCAUUCCAUAAACAUAAUAUUUUAACAAUUAUGAAAUGCUUAUGUAUUUUUUAUUCAUUAUGAUUUCUUUAUAUUUUUAACACAGGAAAUUUCAUAUAGAAUAAUGUAUACUUAGAUCAGAGGCAUUAUUGCUUGCUUUUCUGUUUUUCCAUCCAAAGUUUCUUAUUGAAAAAGGCAAUACAAAGAUGAAUCACAAAUUUGUAAAAAUUUAUGAUCUGAUCAAUUAUUACAAAACCUACACAUUUACUGCUAAAAUUACUUUUAUACACUCUUUGUUCAUGUGACAUUUUACUGCAGUUCUCUCUCCAUAAACAUACUUGAUAAUACAUUGUACUAUUUAGAUUUACUUAUACUUUUGUGUAGCAAUAAAACAGUAUAAAUUUUGACCAUAUUUAGAUUUUUUCUGUAUCAAAAAAUUCAAAUUUUUUUACAUAAAUUGUAUUUCAAAUUUCUAUCAUUAUUUAUUAUUUCUAUUAUCAUUUUGAAUAAUAUUGGAGAACUUUGUUCACCCUGUGGCUUGAAAAUAAGAAAAAAACGUGUUAUUUCCAUUUUUUCUUUCAUUAUACAACCGCAAAAAAAAUUUUGUGGUCGUAUAUUGGUAUGACGUUGGCGUCGUCGUCGUCCGAAGACACAUUAGUUUUCACACUCUAACUUUAGUUUAAGUCAAUGGAUCUCAAUGAAAUUUUACCAUAAGGUUCAAUACCACAAAAGGAAGGUGGGGAUUGAUUUUGGGGGUUAUGAUACCAACAGUUAAGGAAUUAGGGGCCAAAAAUAAGCUUUUUUUGUAACUUCCAGACAUAACUUGUGUGUAAGUGUAUGGAUCUCUCUGACAUUGUACUACAAGGUUCCAUAUCACAAAGGGAAUGCUGGGAUUGAUUUUGGGGGUAAUUGCCUCCAAAUUUUAGGAAUAUGGGGCAAAAAAAAGCAUUUUUCUAGUUUCAUGACAAUAACUUGUGUGUAAGUGUAUGGAUCUCUCUGACAUUGUAUCACAAGGUUCCAUAUCACAAAGGGAAUGCUGGGAUUGAUUUUGGGGGUAAUUGCCUCCAAAUUUUAGAAAUUACGGACAAAAAAGGGGCAAAAGAGAAACAUUUUUCUAGUUUCAUGACAAUAACUUGUGUGUAAGUGUAUGGAUCUUUAUGAAAUUGUACUACAAGGUUCCAUAACACAAAGGGAAAGCUGGAAUUGAGUUUGGGGGGAAUUGCCCAAAAAGUUUAGGAAUUAGGGGCCUAAAAGGGGCCAAAAAUAAGCAUUUUUCUAGUUUCCAGACAAUAACUUGUGUUCAAAUGUAUGGAUCUCUCUGAAAUUGUACUGCAAGGUACCAUACCACAAAGGGAAGGCUGGGAUUGAUUUUGGGGGUAUUCCCUCAAAAUUUUAGUAAUUAGGGGCCAUAAAAGGGCAAAAAACAAGCAUUUUUCUAGUUUCAGGACAAUAACUUGUGUGUUAGUGUAUGGAUCUUUAUGAAAUUGUACUGCAAGGUUCCAUAUCACAAAGGGAAAGCUUGGUUUGAGUUUGGGGGUAAUUGCCCUAAACGUUUAGGAAUUUGGGGCCAAAAAGGGGCCAAAAAAAUUGCAUUUUUCUAGUUUCCAGACAAUAACUUGUGUUCAAGUGUAUGGAUCUCUCUGAAAUUGUACUGCAAGCUACCAUACCACAAAGGGAAAGCUGGGAUUGAGUUUGGGGGUGAUGAAUCAUAAGGGGGUUCAAAAAAUUGGGUGGGAUUUUUUUUUCCUUUUUUUUCUUUAAAAUUUUCUUUUUUAAAUUGGUUAUUUCUGAUUUAUAUAUAAAAGCAAAUAAUAAUGAUAUGGUUUGAAUAGGUAGAUUAAAAUUUUUUAAGUUCUUAGACCACUUUCAUUCUGUGUGAGAAACCUAUGCUGUGUCAAAUAUUUAAUUACAAUCCAAAUUCAGUGCUGUAUCAAGCUUGAAUGUUGUGUCCAUACUUGCCCCAACUGUUCAGGGUUCGACCUCUGUGGUCGUAUCAAGCUGUACCCCAGCGGAGCAUUUUAUUUUUAUUCUGCAGUAAUAACCAAAUAAAUUUAUAUCUUGUGUUUGGGUAUAACUUUGUUGACUGCAGCAUUGUGUAUCUUUUUUGUUUUGAUAGUGAGACUUUUAUUGCUAAUGAAAAACAUUUUAUUAUUGUACUAUUAAGAAUUCUUUAAAGAUAUAAUGUUUAUUUAUUGAAAAAUGUAAAAAUAAAGUAUUCAGAAAGUA